AUGAAUUAAAUUGAAACAAAUAAUUUAACUUUGAAUUUUGAGUGUCUUUAAAAGGUUUUAAAUUAUAUUCCAAUCAACUAAAGACUUAAAAUGAGAGAAUUAAAUGCAUUUAUUGAUUAGGCUGUUUGUUCAACUUCAAUCCCUUUAUCAAUGGAUUAAAUAUAAGAUGAAAAUUUUUAACCAAAAGAAGUAAAUACUUUGUUGUCUAAGUUCAUAAAACCAUAAGAAAUUGUAUUUCCAAACAUAAAUGCAAGAGAUUUAUAGGAACUUGUGAUUCCUAAAGAUUUAUCAGAAUUAAUAAAAUUUGAUUCAUUUUAUAUUUCUGAAAUUCCAUUGGAAUACAUUGAAAAAGUGAUUUCUGAAUCUCCUAAAUUGAAAUCAUUUGGCUAUAAAAAUAAAAAUAAUGAUAAUUUAAACAAUUUAUCAAAAAUAUUGGCUAAAGUAUAAAUUUGUGAAAUCAAAGUUGGAGAUUGGAAUCAAUAGAUUAAAGAUAUAAUAAUUUAAUAAGCAGAUAAUUUAUAAAGUAUUACAAUUGAAAAAGGAAAUGAUGAAAUUCUUAAAGACUUAAUUUAAUUAAAUGAUAAUAUGAAGAAUUCUGUCUCUAAUGAUAAUAGUGAACACCAAAAAUAAGAAUAAAAUGAACUUUCAAGAAAAUUAAAUCUUAAAGAAAUAAAGUUUAAUUCAUAUGAAUGCUCAUCAAAUUAAUAAGAGAGCAUGUAAAUUUUUUAAAGUUUGCUUAAUUAAUAAAAUUUAAAGGUUUUCCACUUUGGGAUUGUAGAAGGAGAAUAUUAAGAUUAAUGUAUAUUGUUAAAAGAGAAUUUUUUUUCAUAUCUUAAAGGUAUAUAUAUUUUGUUAAAGUGAUAGAGAUAUAAGAAUUAAGAUUUGGAUUUAAGGAUUAAAAUUUACUAACAAAAGUACAACUUCAGAAACUUGAUUUAUUAAUAUUGUGUGGAAUAGAUUUUAAAAAGGAUAAUUUCUAAUGGUUAAUGAAGCAAGCAAAAUUAUUUAAUAAAAUAGAUUUAAGAGAAUGCAGCUUUAAUUUUGCAUUUACUGAUAGUAUAGAUAAAGUGGAAUAAAAUGAGAAGAUGGUUGAUGUUUAUGUAAGAGAAAUAAUAAUAUUUGAUAGGUAAAUACAAAGAUAACUGAUUAAUGUUCUUGCUAAUUAGCAUAAUUUUAAUACAAUAAUAUUUGGAUAAACUUCAUUUUUCCAUUUUUGUAUGAUUUGGAUGAAGAAUUAGAACUUUAAACACAGAAAAAAUGA